UGUCAUCAUGUGACAUGGACACGUGACCCGGCGGCGCAAGCAACCACCUCUGCGUCUGUCAGAUGCUGUAUGCGGUAGGGCGAAAUGCACAGUAAUUGCUACAGAGUGGCUAGCUAGUUGCAGAAAUUCUUUCAACGAGUUCCCGUACGUAAUGGCGCACACAGAAAGAAAGCUUUCGACAUCCGGGGACUCUCUCUAUCAAGUGUUGGGUCUUCCCAAAACAGCUACCUCGGACGACAUCAAGAGAACCUACCGACGGUUGGCACUUAAGUAUCACCCUGACAAAAAUCCAGAUAAUGUCGAAGCUGCCGACAAGUUCAAGGAAAUUAAUCGAGCCAAUGGAAUCCUCAUGGAUCUCACCAAGCGAAACAUCUACGACAAUUACGGCUCUCUCGGCCUCUAUGUAGCCGAGCAGUUUGGUGAAGAAAACGUCAACACCUAUUUUGUUCUCACCAGUGGAUGGUGCAAGGCACUGUUCGUGUUCUGCGGGAUCAUAACUGGCUGCUAUCUCUGCUGCUGUUGCUGUUGCUGCUUCAAUUUCUGCUGUGGCAAGUGCAAACCCAAGCCUCGGGAAACAUCUGGGGACUAUUCCAAUCUCCACGGUCAGCAGGGGAGGAACACUGGCAUCUUAUACACUGUGUGCACAACUGAUAGGCAAGAGGAGUACAGCAGUGAGGAAGGCCAGAGCCCCGUAACGUCCCAGCCAAUGGGUGCCGACAAGGGUGACAGCAUCGCUGCCCCCAUCCCCAUGCCAUCAUCUGAUGCCACAGAGACGACCAAUUUGAGUUCCAGCCAGCACACUAGCUAUGCCACACGGCAGGAACCUUCCUUAGUGUCAUCUGUUCCUUAGUGUCAAAUUGCCCCAUGACCUGCUCAAAAGUUUUUUGCUUGUCAUUUCUUUGGGAUUAAACUAGUUAUAGUAGAGGGUGUUCCAUUCUUGUUUGACCUUUGUUGUGUCAGUGAAGGCUAAAGAAUAUUUGUCAUACGAGGGUGAACAAGCAAUAUGGAAGCCUAUGUGGAAGCAAGCAAACUGAUUUCAACAAUUGACAGGUACCGAAUGAAAUCUUGUCCAAUUAAAUUGUUGUGGUUAUCUUGACAUAGAAUACCUCUUCCCCCUUCUGUUGUGUAGUGUUUCAUGUGAAGAGCAGAUGUUUGGAUGGAAAGGGGACAGAGUGCAAAUUAUGUGGAGCGUUCACCCGUGCCAUGGUGCUUUUCUGGCUCUUACCCAAAUCUGUGAGGAAAGAUUAAUAAAGGUGGUAAAUUUUUUCGUAUUUGCUUUUAUGCCGGAAAAGAGUUGUGCCGUAGAAGGUCAUUUUUGGGUUUGCGCACAACUUAGUUUCCACUUGCUGCUCUUACAGAACAAACACUUGCACAUGCUUCUAUGCUAUUAAUCCAGGAUUAAGUUGCUAAACCAUGGAAAGUUUGGAGUUCCUUUGAGAAGAAUAUUUGUAGCCGUUAAGUACAUAGUGUACUGGCUACAUUGACUGCAUUAUAUUUGUGAGGAACCAGGAGUUGAUGAUACAGAGUUGCAAAGUAUUUAUUAGAAUGAAUCUGCGCAGGCGCUAGUGAUUGUGCGCUGGUUAAUUAAGGUUAGUUUGCUUUUACUUUACCUUAAGUGAUGGGCACAAACAAUUUCUUACUUUGGAGAUAAACAAAACAUAUACCUACAUAGCACUCGGCACUACAGAUUACUCAGCAGUAAAUGCCGAGUGAUCCUGCCUAAUGAGACUUGCUUCGAACAUAAGCAUCACCAUGUAGGGAUUGUUGGUUCUGUCAGGUCCAACUGUUGUAUCGAGGAAAAUUGACAGCGCAUUGUUUUUCAGCUCCUCGAGCUACGUGAAAUAUGCUUUUUUUUUUUCCCAAGCCAGUUGGGCAAUAUUGCACAUGAUGGAUAUCCAGCAGCAAGUUGUGCGACAAUACACAAUUGUGGCUGAUUUUUUGAAUGCAGCUCCUGGGACACAUUUGGCACUCUCUGCGUGUGUAGCUUUUUCUGACUUACGAGCUCUGUACUGCCUCUGAAUGUUCUGGCACAUCUCUCGCGAGUGUGUUUUUAUUCCUGUAUCACAUGGGACUUGUUCCAUAGAAUUGUCCAUAUGUAAUGGUUGUAAAUGCAGAAUGGUCUCCAACUGAAUUAAAAAUAACACAAUUGAA